UCUGUUGCCUCUGUACGUCUCUCCGCGCUGUCCGUUCGUUCGUCAGUUUCUUGCGAACUAGUGCGCUCGCAUAUGCAAUUGACUGCUACCAUAGUGCAGUGCAGUGUAUUUUUUUUGUCGGGCAACUUCUCUCACCUGUUUUUCUUGCAAUUGCGUAAAAUAAAAAAGAAAUAGAUUGCGGAUUUAGCGAACGAUCGUCGCGUCUGUAAAGCGUGUCGGCAAUUGCGUCCGCGAGUGUGAAAGCGGAUAUUUUGAAUAUUCGCGAUCGUUCUGCCAUUUGCGCGAACGAUUCGCGCGUUACUUGAUUCUCGAGCAUCGCCAAGUGGACUCUUCUCGUUCUAGUUCUUGAUUUAAUUACUCGAUAGAUUUUUAAUAUCUCUCGAAGGAUUAACGACUGCCCGAGUGACAGAACGAUCGGCGCGAAGGAACGCGGUGCAUCGUGGCAAUUGCAACUGCGACGAUGCGCGUCGCUGAUGCGGCGCGCACUCUACGGCGAGCUUGCUGCUUGCGCUUUGCCGGCUGAGAACUUUUUCGCAGCUACUCGAACAGCACGCAAAUUGUUGCAGUGAAUUGCAGUUGGUCCCUUCCUAAUACAGCACGCUUUCACCAGCCGUUUUUAACGGAGUGUACUGAGAAAACAUGACCGGAAGUAGUAACAAUGAAAUGGACCAGGAGGUGACAACGGGGGUUCGGAGCGACGGUGGGAAGCACACGGUUCACUGGUUCCGCAAGGGUCUCCGGCUGCACGAUAAUCCCUCACUUAGGGAAGGUCUCGCAGGAGCGUCCACUUUCCGAUGCGUUUUCGUGUUGGAUCCCUGGUUCGCCGGAAGUACCAAUGUCGGCAUCAAUAAAUGGAGAUUCUUGCUGCAGUGUCUCGAAGAUCUAGAUUGCUCUCUGAGAAAAUUGAAUUCUCGAUUGUUCGUAAUCCGCGGUCAGCCGGCCGACGCGCUGCCCAAGUUGUUCAAGGAAUGGGGCACGACGAAUCUGACAUUCGAAGAGGACCCGGAGCCGUUCGGUCGUGUGCGAGACCACAAUAUCUCGGCGCUCUGUAAGGAGCUCGGUAUUUCGGUGGUCCAGAGGGUCUCGCACACUCUCUACAAGCUGGACGAAAUUAUAGAAAGAAAUAGUGGAAAAUCGCCGCUGACCUACCAUCAGUUUCAAAAUGUUGUCGCCAGUAUGGACCCACCGAAGCCACCUGUGUCCACAGUAACAGCCGCCUGCAUUGGCAGCGCUUACACUCCCCUCAAAGAUGAUCACGACGAUCAUUACGGCGUUCCCACGCUCGAUGAACUCGGUUUCGACACGGAAGGUUUGCUGCCGCCGGUGUGGGUUGGCGGCGAGAGCGAAGCCCUGGCGCGGCUCGAACGUCAUCUCGAAAGGAAGGCGUGGGUGGCGAGCUUUGGCAGGCCGAAAAUGACUCCGCAAUCUUUACUGCCGAGCCAGACCGGGCUUUCGCCUUAUCUGCGAUUCGGUUGUCUCAGCACACGGCUGUUUUAUUACCAGCUCACCGAUCUGUACAAGAAGAUAAAAAAAGCUAUGCCACCGCUGUCGUUGCACGGACAGCUUCUGUGGCGCGAAUUCUUCUACUGCGCCGCGACAAAGAACCCGAAUUUCGAUCGGAUGCAGGGUAAUCCGAUUUGCGUGCAGAUACCGUGGGACAAAAACGUGGAGGCGCUCGCCAAGUGGGCGAACGGCCAGACAGGAUAUCCAUGGAUCGAUGCGAUCAUGACUCAAUUGCGGGAAGAAGGUUGGAUACAUCAUCUGGCUAGACACGCGGUGGCUUGCUUUUUAACCAGAGGAGAUCUUUGGAUCUCAUGGGAAGAAGGAAUGAAGGUAUUUGACGAGCUUCUUUUAGACGCCGAUUGGUCUGUCAAUGCCGGGAUGUGGAUGUGGCUUUCGUGCAGUUCGUUCUUUCAACAAUUUUUCCACUGUUACUGUCCUGUGCGAUUCGGCAGAAAGGCGGAUCCGAAUGGCGAUUAUAUCAAACGCUACCUGCCAGUGCUGAAGAAUUUCCCGGCCAGAUAUAUUCACGAGCCAUGGAAUGCGCCGCUCAACAUACAGCACGCGGCCAAAUGUAUCAUCGGCAAAGAGUACUCACUGCCGAUGGUGAACCACAACAAGAAUUCGCGCAUUAAUAUCGAGCGGAUGAAGCAGGUGUAUCAGCAGCUGAAUAAGUACCGCGGUAACGGAACCUCGUUCAAGGGAGAAAGCAUUGGUUUGCUGAAAGCAUUACUGGCACUGCCGAAAAAGAAUGACGAAGAAAAGCAAGAUUCACCGAAUCAGAAAAACGAACAGAAGAUCAACUAUCCCACGCAACAACAAUAGCAACAACGGCAAUAACGACAGUUAGUAUAAUCGUCGGCGCAUUAUGGUAAUAUUGACAUUAUUUUAUUUCUAAAUUUUUAAUGAAUAAUCGAAAUUUAAACUUUUUACUAUAAAUUUAUAAUUAUUUAUUCGGCGAUAUAGAUACAAAAUUAAAGCUUAGUUUUUUAGAAGCGUUCACAAUUUUAUAAUUUUUUUAAAGAUAAAUAAAAAUUUUUGAAAACAAAAAAAAAAAAAGAAUUUUACAACAAAUCAGAAUUUGGCAAUUGAUACUUGAUAUUUAAU